UUCACCAGGUUCACGAAACAAUGCUACCUUUCCCAUGCUCUUCAAGACCUGCGUCUCAGAAUGAGCCGGUACUUUGGUUAUGCAAGUUACUUCGAACUUCUACUCUAAUUAUUCUGAAUUUGACAUAUUUCUACUGGGCCAUUAUGUAUCAUACUUUUUUUUAUCGCAGAUCGUACUGCUCAAACGACCAUACAUUCAGAAAAAACCUACCUCCUUAUAAUGACCCGACCUUGGGCUUUUAAUUUGAUGACCAGUUGUCGAUCGCUUCAUGUUUCUUUACCUCACAACGCCAUGUCAUAUACGAAGGAAUCAAAACCACUUCCUGGGAGUGAUGAGGAAAAAAAUCCAUUGAGAUGGGCCAAACGUCUAUUCCAACUGCAAGAAUCUCAACCAUUGCUCAACCAAGCGAAGGAACCUCCUUUACUGCAUAUGGUCUGUCGGCUAAAGCCUCUCAAGGGGAUCAUUCACUACCAGAGAGCUAUUCUUGAAAAAUAUGGUCUUGGAAAGGACACAAAAAAUCACAAUUGGAUAGUUGUCAAAAAUACUCCGUCAGUCAACCGAGAUUUAUACGAGAUAAAACAUCUUAUUCGGAUACAGCCUGUUAUUUUCGAGAACGGGUUGCCAACUGAAUCUGAUUUGCUUGCCUGUAGACUGCUUCCGGAUGGCAGAUUUUUCAGACACAGGGGUCUUUCUGUUGAUUCUCAGUUAUUGGACUCUUCAGGACCAAACCAAAUAAACAUAUCGACGUACAAUCCAAAUCAAUCUAAUGAUCUAAAAGCUUUAUUACAUUCUAAGGAGGAAAAUUUCAGAUAUCUAAGUCGUACAUACUUAAGAAAGUGGCACAACAAAAGAUGGGCCAACCAUGACUUCUUCAAGGAGUUUUUCACUUCACACUACAAAUAUAAACUGAAUCAAGAUGGAAAUGAAUAUCGUUAUAGUAGUCUUUCACGAUUAGACAAAGCAAUAACUCAUUCACUUGAGUCUAGAAGGAAUCCCGAUGGAACUCUUAAGCAGCCAAAUUGCAAUCGUUUUGAUGCUGAUUGGAAUACUUAUCCUUGGUCAAGAUAUUGAAAUUUGAAGUUGUCGGUUUUAGAUUCUCUUACGACGAUCGUUUCCAGCUGUGUACAAAUACUUGAUAUAUUUAGGAAUAAAAUUCAGUCAAAUAUAGCUUUUGACUUUAAUAAUGUUACUCCAUAAUUAUGCAGGAAACUUAUAUUUUAUAGUAUUAAAGUAUCUCAAUGGCUCAACAGUAUUGUAUAUCCGCCUUCGGCUAUCUUACUAUUUUGUUUCAUGGCAAACUAAACCAAUCUUACAAAUUAUUCCCAGCGUUUAUUUGGAUGUGAUAGAUAUAAUAAGUGUUCUCGAUAAUGUAACCAAGUAUCGUAUAGAAUAGGUGGGGUUACAAGUUUUUGCAUUGGGUUUGAGUAACACUGCGUCAAACGUAGAGAUACCAUCCGGCUGUCCAAACCAAAAUCCGGACCUAAUGACCGAGAGAUUCAACGAUUGAACAAUCCGAAAAAGUGGCCCACAGGUUACACGAUUCACUGACUGAAUGUAAUUACCAUUCAGAUAUUAUGGUAUUCGCUUAUAAAGGCACGAUAAAAAAGAUGGCGUACAUUGGUAAAGAUGAGCUGAGAAAGGGAAAAUGA